AUGAUAACAUACUUUAUUAUAAACAAGCUAGGCACGGUUGUUUAUCAGUCAACAAACACAAAAAAGCAUCUCUCCAGUAAUACAGCCACUGCCAACGAAAGCCAGAGGAUACGCUACUUGCCUCUGCUUGUGAUCAAAGAUCUGAUCAAAGCGAAUCUCAACGACGUUGUCCAGUACAUCAAAGUGGGAAACAAGACGGUCGCUUUCAGAGAGCAACAGAAUCUUUUGUAUAUAGCUUGCACCAAACGACACAAUAUACCAAUCUCACUGCUACAACAACACUUGCGAGUUAUGCACAGCUUUAUAAAAUUUCAUUAUGGACCUCAUUGGUGUCUUCACAUUCAGGGCAGCAGCAACAGCACCAACUACAAUCGCAAUAGCAGCAUGAAAUCACUCACAUCAUCAGAUCUCAAUGCCUGUCUAUCCCUGUUGCCAUUUCUUUGCGGUAAAUUAUCCAUGCGAUCGUGUGAUAGCUUGUGUUUCAGUGAACAAGUGCAAGUGAGCGAUGAUCUACGAUGUCGGUUAAUGGAGAGUAUGAUGAAUUGCUGUAACAGUGCAUUUGUUCACCAGCACACACAUCAGCAUGGCCACCACCAGCAUCAUCAUCGCAACUCCUUUUUUUCAUCUGCCACAGCGUCAUCUUCCAGAACAACAAACAGACCCACCUCCAUCUUUGAUUACCACCACUCUCAAGAUAGCAGCAACAGCAGCAGCGUUGUGUCAACUAUGACCACAACAUGGAGUUAUUGUUAUUUGUUUGCGAGAGAAAAGCUCGUAACACAGUGUCAUAAUAGCAGCACUAUAGAAAACAAUGAUCUGCCUGAUGAGUUUAUUUAUUUUUUAAAGCUGGUAGUAUCACAAUUUAUGCAGGAAAAGCAAGAGUCAGGCAAUUACUACCUGAAUCACAUACGGACAACCACAUUACCGCAAAACAUAUCAAACUCUCCAUCCAGCACGGAUACCACUGUCAUUGCCCAUUCCAACACAACAAAUACCACCAUCACAACAAACACUACGGGGAAAACCUUAAAUAAUAACACCACCACUACUACAGCAGCAUCACCUACAUCCACUAAAUCAGAGACGUCUGCUAGCAACACAACCAAUAGCUCCAGUCAGCCAUCCUCGCUUGCAUAUGUGUACGACGCCAACUCUAGUUCAGCUCCAUUUAAAAUAAGGGAGAAGUCCGCAUCUUCAGUAACUGUGGUAUCCUCAGACUCUUCUGUAUCCUACUGGAGCAAUCCCUUGACAAACAGCAGCAGUAUCCAAGCACAUCACUUGGUGGCGCCCAUGAAAGCCAUGGAGAUUGACCGUAUACCCGCCAAUGUACUGCAGCCACAGCAUCAUAAUCCUCAACUGCAGCAAUCCAUGAUAGCCGACAUUUUGAAUGCGGAUGAUACCACCAACAACAUGUCUUUUUUGUCAAGCAGUGUGCCCUCUGAAUCUACUACAGCCACAUCCAAUACAACAGCCACCACGUAUAGUCAACAAAGAAACCCCUUCCAAAGAGUUUCAUCUGCGCCAUCAUCCCCCACACACCGUUCUAGAUCACAAAGUGUGUCCACAACAGCAGGAGGAGAAGAUUCUUCGUUGAAGCAUUUGCUCACCAACCUGAUAAACGGUGAAACAAGCUAUUUGGAUCAAACAGAAGAUGUCAAAUUGGUGCGACGUUGGGUAAAGUUGGAUGGCCAUAUCUAUUUAGCCAAUUUCCUGCUGAUAUUAAUCAGUGAUGGGUUGUGUGCUGUUGUUGUCUGCAAAGAUGAUCCUGACAAGCACCCUACAAAUACCAAUACCAAAAUGCCACCCACAAGCACAAAAUCUACCUGGAAACCUACAUCAUUGCAAGUGAAACGGUUUAAAGCAUCCUUAAAGUCAUGUUUAUCCGAUUUCACUACAUUCUUACUCACAAAGGAAGCAACUCAUUUCACGAAUCUUUCAUUUGCUGUGACCUAUCCAGGCCUCGUUCACUUUGUUCACUUUGACAGGGGCAUCAUGACAGCGCCUUGUUUGGUGGAUCUAAACGAUUUGGACAAGAAUCAUGAACUCUUACAUGAAGUUUAUGGAAAAUACAAUGCCGCCAUCACAGAUCGGUGCAAAUGGGUCUGGCCCAACGAACCCACCCUGAAGAAACUGUGCAAUGAGAUGAUCCACUUGGGCUUAUGUUAUCGUCAGGAUCCACACAGAUCCCGAGUAUUGCAGGAAUCCAAUGACCGUGAAUAUUACUUUCUCUACCAAAAGACAAAGCACCAAGAGCUGCUGGCCAUCUAUUUCUCAAUCAUUCCACCCAACAGGCUCUGGAGCAUGCAUCAAAAGCUGUUCAAUGACAUCAGUCAACGUGUGCAAAUCUAG